UGCGCAGGGAGCUGCUUGUCACCCGCCCGUCAACAAACGGAGGAUGCCGAGGUCAGCCCCGGCUCCCGACACAUUUCCUCCGGCAGGCCCAGGGGAGGGCCGUGGGCGCGGGGACGGCGCUGGUCUGGGACAGGGCGGACGCCUGGGACCAUCCCGAGCCGGGGCCGAGCGCUGCCACAGCCGCCGGGGCAGCCCGCGCCCCUCGGCCUCCCGCGCCGCUGGGAUGAGCCGGGCCGGUCCCUGGUGCCUGCUCAUGGCCACGGCCUGUGCUCUGGGCCGGUCCCCGCCACCGCGGGCCGCCGUGCGCUGCGAGGCCGCCGGCUCCUGCUUCAGCGCCCACCUCGCCAACGGCUCCUACAUCGACGCCCGCAGCGACUGCGGCCGCCGGCGAGGCGACCUGGCGUGGGUCAGCGGCGAGCCGGAGCUUCGGCUGCUGCUGGGGCUGCUGGCGGAGGCGGUGGCGGGGACCGCGCCCUCGCUCUUCUGGGUCGGGCUGAAGAGGAACGCCUCCACCUGCACCGACACGGGGCAGCCGCUCCGCGGCUUCUCCUGGGAGGGCUUCGGCGGCGGGGCGGCCCCGCGGGAGGUGCCGGCGGCGCUCGGCCGGUGGGCGAAGGAGCCCGUGCGUUCCUGCCUCACCGCCCGUUGCGCCGGGCUGCACCUGGCGGCAACGGCUCCCGGAGGCGGCCCCAGCUGGGGCUGGAAGGAGCGGCCGUGCCAGCGGGAGAGCCAGGGAUACGUCUGCAAGUACCAGUACGAGGGCGCCUGCUCCGACCUCAACCCCGCGGGCGCCCUCGACCUCGACUACCGCCUGCCCUUCGAGGAGCGCAGCACCGGCCCCGGCUUCAGCCCGCCGGGCACCGUGCUCACCGUGGUGUGCCCCGGCGGGGUGGUGCGGCUCACCUGCCAGCCCGAGCGGGGCGGCUUCGCCUGGAAGGGCGCGGAGGAGCCCCACUGCCCCUGCGUCUACCCGAGCCCCGGCAGCGGGAGGUGCACCGAGGCCGCCGGGUGCCGCGAUGCCACCGGGAGUUUCGCCUGUGCCUGCGCCUCGGACGGGCGCAACGGGCCGCCCUGCGCGGCCACGGGGGCGGCACCCACCGCCGCGGGCGGCUCCGGGGAGGCGCCGGGUGGCGGAGCAGGGGAGCGACACCCCUCCGCCCAGGCACCCGGCGGCUCCGCGGGAUCGCCCGCGGCCGCCGGCGCCGUCGACGGGGACAAGACGGCCGCUCCGCCGACCUCCUCCUCCUCGUCCUCCUCCUCCAACUAUGUUUUCAUCCUGGUGACGGUCGCGGUGGUGGUGCUGGUCAUCCUGGUCAUGACUGUCUUGGGGGUCUUCAAGCUGUGUUUCAGCAAAUCCGAGGGCGGCGGGGACAAGGAACCGCCGGACUCCCGCAGCAAGGCGGAGUCCGGCUCCGCGGAGCUGUGCGGAGCAGCGGGCGGCGAGUAGCCCCAGGACAGCGGGGGCUCCGUCCCUCGGGGCUGCCCCGAGUGGCAGCUCCCGCCGCGGGACAGAGCUCGGUUCCCCCUGUCUCUCUUGCCUCCAGCCCGGCUGCCGCGGGAGAGCUGGGGCAGAGGCGCCAUGGGACGCGGCUGUGCAGGAUUUGCGGCGUUAUCACACAUGGGGGCAUGUAACGUCCCCCUUUCAGGGGUUUGAAGCCUUUGGACAGUCACAAAAUUUUGUCGGUCUGAAAAAAAAACAGUUAUUUAGGUGCUGACAUAAGUAAAAUAUAAAUAUAGUGGCCUGGCUGACAGAACGAUUGCUUAUCUGCAGCUGCAAGAGUUGUGGAGUUUUUAUCUUCUCAGAAACUGUUCUUCUGGUGCCUUACUGGAGCAAGUGUAAAGGGACCACUUUUAGUGCUCACGUUUUGGAAUUUAGAAGUCACUUCUUGUCUGAGUGGUACUUCGAGGUUUUUGUUUUCUUUCUAAUUGCUGGAACGUUUGGAGAGGUGAACAGCCAUAAUUUCAGAGGAAACUGUGACCCACACUCGUUCAGACUGACAUUCUUAUCAAUGACGAGCAUUUCUAUGCUUAGAAGGUCAUUAAAUUGCUGAGGAAAUGGGAGGUUAAUGGGCAGUGAGUUCUAUUUCAGCUGAUGAAAAGAAUAAAGGAUGAUUUAAAACCUAAA